ACAGCGCAAACAACCCCGGGGUCACCAACCUUGAGUGGGGGGAGAUCAAGAGGGAAGCUUACUCCGCCUAGACGUCUGUCGUCUGGUUUUCAUGUGUGCUUCUAGCGACAACGACUGGACACAAUUUAAGGUGAAGCGUCUGUAGUUGAGAGUUGAACAUGGCCCUGUGGGCACAGUGUCAGCGGCUGCCUCCUGAAGCUCUGCAGCACCUGCAGUCCAUGUACGACCAGAAGUCCUUCCCCAUCACCGCUCGACACCACCUCUCCGCAUGGAUUGAGACCCAGCGAUGGGAUGAUGUGAAGCCGGCUCAGGCCACCAAGCUGUACAGGACAGUCCAACAACUGCUGCAGAACAAGCACAACCAGAUGACCGGUCCUGACAGGGUGGUGCUACAGGACGGCAUCCAGAGAAGCAUGACCAAGAUCACGGAGGCAUUCGGUGCCAACAACCAGGUUAUGGCCAUGGCUGUCAAGCAGUGCUUGGACGAAGAGAGAAGGAUCGUGGGACACUGUCUCAACCAGACUGCCACUAAACAGAUUAAGAAAGAGAAGCCGGAUGAUAUUGAGGACGGGCAGUCCGAGUCUGCCUCCCAGCACCAGCUAGUGCAGCACCUGGACGCUCUGGUCAUGUACACAAAGAGUAACCAGGACAAACUGUCCAAACUACAGCAGAUACUGGAGGUGUGGUUAGAUCUGCACCAAAAGAAGGCAGCACUGGAAGAAAAACUGAGCCGUCCCCUGACCGCUGGCCUUCAGCAGGACCUGACUAAGCAGCUGCAGGACUGCAUCAAACUGCUGGACAACCGAACCGUCAAGCUGCACUGUGAGCGCCACGAACUCGUGUCUCAGAUGAAGAAGGUUGUGCAGAUGAUCCACAUGGUUCAGAACUCCAUCCUGAACACGGAGCUGAACCAGUGGAAGAGAUGGCAGCAGCUGGCCUGUAUUGGUGCUCCUCACCCGGGAGUCAACAUAGAAACACUGCAGCAGUGGUUUGAGCGUCUGUUGGACAUCAUCCUGCACAGCCUGCAGCAGGUGGACAAGUUGGACAAGCUUCAGCAGGACAUGUUACAGGACGGGGAGCAGAAGGGAGACCUCCACACCUUCCACGACCAGCUCAACACACUGCUCAACACACUCGUCUCACAGUCUUUUGUAGUGGAGGAGCAGCCUCGCCACAACAAGCAGGCACGGCCACAGGUUCUCAAGACUGAUGGCACCAAGUUUACUGCUCAACUCAGAUUCCUCCUUGGGAAACGACUGUGUGCAAACCUGACCAAACUGCCACAAGUCAACGCCAGCAUUUACAGAGGGCCCAAUGCUGGGGAUGAAGUUGUCAAAGCCAAUGGGGAGAAGUACAGAUACCUUCUGCACAACUCUAAAGGCACUUUGGAGCUGGAUUCAAACGCAUCCGUCUGUUCAGUCAAGUUUAAGAACAUGAACAUGAAGCAGACCAAGAUAGCAGGACCUGCUAAGAGAAAUGCAGAGCCCUCAAGAGUGACUGAUGAGAAAGCCAUGAUUUCUUUCCAGACAGAACUCAGUAUCUUAGGAACACUGACUGAACUCAAGACGAUGUCACUUCCAGUGGUUCUCAUUUCUCACAGUAACCAGGAGUCUAAUGCCUGGGCCACCAUCCUCUGGGACAAUGCUUUCUCAAAACCUGACCGAGAGCUGUUUGAGGUUCCAGAGAAGGCUCCGUGGAUGGAAGUGGGCCACGCCCUGAGCUGGCAGUACGAGAUGCAGACAGGCCGCGGCCUCACCGAGGAGAACAUGAAGUUCCUGGCUGAGAAACUCUUCGGUUUUGGUCUGGACUAUUCCAACAUGACUCUGACCUGGACCGCAUUUAACAGGGACACCUUACCCGACCGCAAGUUCACCUUCUGGCAGUGGUUCCACGGCACUCUGGAUCUCACCACCAAGAAGCUGGGAGAUAUGUGGAAGGAUGGCUGCAUCAUGGGUUUCAUCAGCAAGUUGCGCGCGCAGGAGCUGUUGUUGGGGAAGUGCCACGGGACGUUCCUGCUCAGGUUCAGCGACUCCUCCGCUAAAGGAGCCAUCAGUGCCGUCUGGGUGGAGGAACACACGUCAGGUGACAAACCAGUUCAGUUCCUGGAGCCGUACACGGUGGAUGACCUUGCCAAACUGCCGCUGGCCGAGCGGAUCCGGGACUACUACAAGGACCAGGAGCAGCCCCUGCAGUACCUGUACCCUGACACACCCAGGGACUCCGUGUUCGAGAAGUAUUACACCACAUCUGACGAUGCGGCAGACAACGCACCAGAUGUGAAGUACGUGAAAGCCAGACUGGUCGCAGUCACCAGACCAACAAGACAAUCUGCUGGCCCGAUGAGUCCAGGGGAACCCUUCACCCCGAUGGCUCCGUCCCCCGCCCCCUCCUCACACAUGUCCGACUACGCCGGGUCUGUCGCCAGCCCCGUCAGCUGUGAGUUCAUGGAUCAACAAGACAGUAACGGAGUCGGUCCCAGCGAGCACCCGGAUUUGCCGUCCCCGGGUCCCAUCAGCACGAUAGACUUCGAUGUCCUGAGCUCAGCCAUGGACGAGCAGCAGGUCAUCAUCCCCCCCAUACAGUUGCCCCAGCAACAACAACAACAGCCGCCGCCGCAGCCGCCCCGGCUGCAACAACAACAACCCCCACAGCCGUACCGGUACCCGUUCCAGCCACAGCCCGUCUUCAACCCCAUGCAGAACUAUGAGAAUGGGAGGAGGACCAGUGCCACGGCAGCAGAACUGUUUGAGUCCCUGGACAGAGUGACAGACGAUGAUGUGGAUGACCUGUGCCAGUGGCUCCUCAGCUUCGACAACGCCAUGGACUUCAAGGCGGAGCCAGACACAGAGGACCCGAGAGGUACCAAGAGACCCAAGGCAGACGGAACGUUUUGAGCCUCAGAGGAACGAAAUGUUGCCAAUAUGAAACAAGACUGCAAAUUGCAAUUGCCAACACAAGAAAUUGGACUUGCCCAAAUUUUCGACUGUACAACUCCAGUCUUAGAGAUGAAGAGAUGAACAAUCCACCACUUCUGUGACGUCACGCAGAUAACACAU